AUGGAGAGAGAGAGAGAGUCAACAGAACCUAAUAGUGGAGACAGCUUUAAUAAGCGCACAGCCUUAACUGGAGCAGAAAAAAAACAACUAUGCGAAAAAAAAUGGGACUUUCCUUCGAUCAAGGGCCGAGAACUGGCAAAAGACUUUGGGAUCAGUGAACAAGCUGUCUCUAAAAUUCUUAAAAGGUCUCGAUAUUGGUUAAGUCUUGAAGCAGAAUCAACAGCUGCCAAAUUCAAGCAUGAUCGGAAAAGCAACUAUCCAGAAAUUGAAGAAGCAAUGUUAAUCUGGGUUGAUCAAGCUAUUGCUCGGGAAUUCACUAUCCAAGAAAUCUUAGCUAAUUAUCGAAGACUUCUAUGCCAAGAUCGAAUUGAAGCCUAUGACGCUCUUACACCUGAGAACCCGAUGCCUAGCCCUCUUACUAUUCAAAAUGCAAUUGAAUUUUCCGCCGCUGCUUGGAAUUCUGUAACUGAGACUACAAUUCAUUUUACCGUGGAUCAUACUGAAACUGAGAGUGAACUCGCAAAUCUUAUUUUUCAAAUGCCUCAAGUUUCUGAUCCUCUGUCGGUCAUGGAGUAUAUUCAAAUCGAUAAUCAAGUAGCAAGUGAGGAACAGAUGACAGAUGAGGAAAUUGUCAAAUUUGUGACUGGUGAAGAGGCUCAAGAACCUGAAAAUCACAAAGAAUUGAGUAUACCGAUAACAAUAACAGAUGCUUUAGAGGGAUUAGGGAAG